CAGUUUUGCUUCCGCGAAGGCCCGUCAUUCGACAACAGCUGUGGAUCGCAUCGCUGUCUGCUGUCUGCUGUGAUCGCUGUGAUCGUCGUCACUACUGGCCGAGGAAAUCUCCGGGAGUCGCGUUUUCCACCCACCGUUCGGCAGGCAGUAUGGCCCAGAUCAGACUGUUCGGAGUUGUCGGUUAUGUGUACGCACUGCUCAACAUUCUCAUCGCCAUCAGUGUCGCGAUUCGAUGUCUCGGCUCGUUCGGAAGUGAAUAUGAGAAUAACACGGUGCUGGCGCUUAAGUCGAUAUUUGCGCUGUUUUGUUUCGCGUUUGCGAUUAUGUUGGUGAUCGGAAUCAAGAGGGAAAAACUCGAAUACAUUAUCGUGUACAGGAUCUUCGUGUUGUUUCGAAGCACUUGCGGAAUGGUUUAUAUGAUCAUCAAUCAGCUGAUUGUUAUUGUGGAUAACGCCAACACGUCUAGCUCUUUUGCAGUGUUUUUUAGCGUGCUGCUGUUGAUCGUUGCAGUGACAUUGUUUAUAGGAUUCGUUACAAUUGAGCUGUGGGUUAUAGCUGGGAUCAAGAGUUUCGUUGAACUGCCUGUGGAAAUCGUGAAACUUCCUGCUGUGACUCCAGUAUAAGCAUCAUUAAUAUAAUAAUUCUUUGAGUUGUUUGUAGAAUUCCUAUUAGUAAAUUAAAACUCUCUCUGUCUCUUCAACUUA